CAAACAUAAAACUGAUAAAGUAAAUGAGUUGGUCGGUCAGUUCCCUCCCCCUUCUUGUGAUUGGUGUCUUUACUUGUCUGGUGUCUCUAAUGAGUUUCACCUGCCCACUGUCACGUGACCAUCAUGCUAAUGACGCUACAUGCUACAGGUGGUGAGUGGCUCAUUCGCAGUCGGGGUUUCCCAAACAUCUCUGCAGGGGUCGUCAACCACCAUAUUGUGUCAAGUCGCAAAAACACAAACGACAAAGAAAAUAACUUCAGUUUCUUGUUUAAUGAAAUGUAUGAAUGAUGAAUUAUGAACUUUGAAACUGUGCUGAGCCACAAAAUGAUGAAUGAAUUUGACCUUUUUGCAAUUAAAUAUGAUAUUAUGUAAAUACACAAACGUGUGAAGAAUUGUCACGAUAUUUUAAAGCAUAAAAUAUUAUUGUCAUAAAUUAUUAAAAAGAUGAUUUAUAUUAUUUUCUCAAAGAAUAUCUUCAAGAACAAACAUAAUAUUUUGUAAUAGAUACAAUUUCAAAUUUCAUAUCAAAUAGAACAGUUUUUAUAGAAAAGUUUCUGCGGUUUUGUUACGAAAACAAUAUUUUAAAGAACAAAAACAUUGUUGUCAGUUGAAUCCAUUUUAAUUUGAAAAUCCAUACUUCCUGUCUCCAUGUAAACAUGUGUAACUUGACUCCUCCUCUUCCUUUGCUGUCAUACUGCGGCGUCUCGUGUCGUGAUGCGUUCACGGACCGGUACCGGUCCAACUGCGGCUCAGACGACACCUUAGCUCGUGUGACGCCAAAAUGGGACCGGACCGGCGGGUUUACCGACGCUGCGGUGACGUGGACUGACGGGUCCAGGACCGAGAGGGGCUGACCGCAGAACCGCGUCAGAAAAAUCCCGGUCUUUAAACGGAACCGGCUUUGUUUCGUGUUGUCUCCGCCUCGGACCGUCCGGUCCCAGAAUCUGGCCUCGUCGUCGUGACCCAUGGGGCCCUGCGGUGCGGACCUGACCGGGUCCAGUUGACCUGCUGAACCGUCUGAGGCUCGGGAGGUUCCGGACCGAUGGGGACUCAGGGACCGGGUCGGAGGAGGAUCCCGAACCGAGACAAGCUCAGCGCCGAGGAUGACGCGCUCGACCGGAUCGCACGCGAGGCGGAGGCGCGGCUGGCAUUGAAGCGAGCGGCGAGAGCCGAGGCCCGCGACAUCCGGAUGAAGGAGCUGGAGCGUCGACAGAAGGAGCUGUUUCACAGCCAUAAGAAGUCUUAUGGUCUGGAUAAUAAGUGGGAUCACAUUGAACAGUGGAUGGAGGACAGUGAACGUUACUCUCGACUCUCUCGGAGACACACUUCGGUUUCAGACGAUGAAGAGAAAAUGUCUGUGGGCAGUCGAGGCAGCUUCAGGCCGUCGGAGCACAGUGGUUUCCUUGGCUCGGGCUCUCGGGCAUCGUCCAGGACCAGUUCAGCUCGUGUGGAGGAGAAACCGGACAGAGACUUUCUGGACAAAGGCUGCAGGACCGCCUCCACGCUGUCGGCCGCCACGCUCACCUCAUUGGGCGGAGCUUCGUCCCGAAGAGGAAGCUGUGACACGUCAUUCUCUGUGGAGACGGAGGCGUCCAUCAGAGAAAUCAAGGACUCCCUGGUGGAGGCGGACGAGCGUUACCGCCGGGCGAUGGUCUCCAACGCUCAGCUCCACAACGACAAGUCGUCUCUGAUGUAUCAGGUGGAAACACUGAGGGAGGAGCUGAGUGACAUGGAGGAGGAGCUGUGGGAGUCACGGCGACACCGUGACCACGCCUCCAAGGAGUUUGAGCGCGAGCGUCAGACUCACAGUUUCCUUCAGUUCCAGUACAAAGAUAUGAAAGAAGCUUUGAGACAAACUGAAGAACUGCUGACGGAAGUGUCAGAGCUCCGUCUGAGGAGCAGCAGUUACUGUCAGGAGGUUUCUGACCUGCAGGAAGUUCUGCAGUGGAAACAGAAGCAGAUCUCGGCGUUGGAGCGACAGAGAGAAAUGUCCGACAUCGUUGUGAUGGAACGAGAUCGACUCAGAGACGAAGUGACACAGCUGAGAGACUUACUGAAGAAACAUGGCAUCACCGUCGUCUCUCCGGAAAUUACCAAUGGCGAGGCAGGCCGGACCGAGGACGAUGUCAGCGCAGAGCCUGGCUCCCGAUUUGCUCAGGAGCCGCCUGGUGGCGGCAGAGAGAGCAUGCUGGAAGUUCGUCUGAACAAAGUGUCUGAAGAACGACAGACGUUACAGGAUCAGGUGCGUCAGCUGAAGUCUGAACUGGACCAGAGACGGAGGACUGGACCAGACCAGGAUCCCCAGGACGCUCUGGAGAACGGGAUGGACUCGCACCUUCUGGUCCUGCAGAGAGAUGCAAACAGACAACUCAGUGAACUGAAGUUCAAACUGGUGAAGUCUGAACAGGAAGUUGCUGCUAUGGAGCAAAAUAUUGUCCGUCUGGACGGUCAGGUGACUCGAUACAAGUCUGCAUCAGAGAACGCAGAGAAGGUCGAGGACGAGCUGAAGGUGGAGAAGAGGAAACUCCAGAGAGAGGAAAGUGUUUCACAGCUGCGCUCGGCUCUGGACCGAGUCGACGAGCUGGAGGUGAGUAAAGGUCACCUGACCAAACGUCUGGAGAAGAUGAAGGCCAACCGCAACGCUCUUCUUGCCCAGCACUGACGCCCCCUGCUGGCCCGGUGGCGAGUGACGCCCCCUGCUGGCCAGCUCUGACUCCCCCUGCUGGUCCGGUGGCGAGUGAUGCCCCCUGCUGGCCCGGUGGCGAGUGACGCCCCCUGCUGGCCAGCUCUGACUCCACCUGCUGGUCCGGUGGCGAGUGAUGCCCCCUGAUGGCCCGGUGGCGAGUGAUGCCCCCUGCUGAGAGAGAAGUGUCUGUUUUCUCUCUUUCCUGAAAGAGACAAUCAAGUCUGAGGCAGCACUUCAUUUACUGUGCAUGCAGCACCAAGCGGGUGGAGAUAACUGAGCUGAAUCUGAAGAGAUAAAAUCUGAUGUGGUCACGCAGGAGAGAGAUCAAUUAGUGAAUCAAUCAGUGAAUCAGUGAAUCAAUCAGUGAAUCAGUGAAUCAAUCAGUGAAUCAAUCACUCAAUCAGCGAAUCAGUGAAUUAAUCACUCAGUACUGUCGUUCUGCUCCGGACAUGUGGGCGGAGUUUACUCACCGUCGUGCAUUUAGAGCAUGUGAAAUUCACUGAUCAGAAAAAUGUCCUUUUUAGUAAAGUUGUUUCCAUGACAACCAUGAGGAGGAUCAUGAGACUGAGUUAUUAUAAAGUAAUAAAUCAUUAACUCGUGUGAACUGCGAUGAAGAGCAUCGAUGAGUCAUGUGCUGUUGACUCCGCCCACCUGGCCGGAUCCGCCUGGUAACAGCACAGGGGGCGUGGCCACGUGUCUGUAGGAUCAUCUUUCAUGUCUGUAUUUAUUCAUGGAUGAACAAUCCAAUCCAAUAUACUGAUCCCAUGAUUCUUGAUUAUUGGUCACAUGUGAAACGAUCCAUAACUCUUCAUGUAUCAAACACCUGAUGAACAAGUUAUUGCAAUAACACUGUGUGUGUGUGUGUGUGUGUGUGUGUGUGUGUGUGUGUGUGUGUGUGUGUGUGUGUGUGUGUGUGUGUGUGUGUGUGUGUGUGUAUGUGUGUGUGUGUGUGUGUGUGUGUGUGUGUGUGUGUGUGUGUGAACAUUGAUCUGACCAUGUGACCAUUUCGUUUGAAGCACGAUAUUAAAAUCAAUAUGUAAACAUC